CGCGGCGCGGCUGGCUGCGCGCGCGCUCCCGCGGUGCGGCCGGCUGCGUGCGCGAGUGGGAGGUGGCGGGUCUGCGACUGCGGCCUUCCCGCUCCCGCUCCGGCUCCCGCUCCCGCUCCCGCGCCCGGCGCCACGUCUCCGGCCAUGAACCGGUUCGGUACCCGGUUGGUGGGAGCCACGGCCACCUCUUCGCCGCCGCCGAAGGCCCGCAGCAAUGAAAACCUCGACAAAAUCGAUAUGUCUUUGGAUGAUAUCAUCAAAUUGAAUCGAAAGGAAGGAAAGAAGCAGAAUUUUCCGAGACUAAAUAGAAGACUCCUCCAGCAAAAUGGUGCCCGGCAAUUCAGGAUGAGAGUACGAUGGGGAAUCCAACAGAAUUCUGGUUUUGGUAAGACUAGCCUGAAUCGUAGAGGAAGAGUGAUGCCUGGAAAGAGACGUCCUAAUGGAGUCAUUACUGGCCUUGCAGCUAGGAAAACAACUGGAAUUCGAAAAGGAAUUAGCCCUAUGAAUCGUCCACCUCUAAGUGAUAAGAAUAUAGAACGAUAUUUUCCGGUGUUAAAAAGGAAGGCGAACCUUCUGAGACAAAAUGAAGGGCAGAGGAAACCAGUUGCAGUUCUCAAGAGACCUAACCAGCUAAACAGAAAAAAUAGCAUUCCAGCUAAUUUUACCAGGAGUGGAAAUAAAUUAAAUCAUCAGAAAGAUACUCGUCAGGCAACUUUUCUUUUCAGAAGAGGCCUGAAGGUUCAGGCCCAGUUGAACACAGAACAACUGCUAGACGAUGUAGUAGCAAAGAGAACUCGUCAGUGGCGGACUUCCACGACAAAUGGAGGAAUUUUGACUGUAUCUAUUGACAAUCCCGGAGCAGUGCAAUGCCCAGUAACUCAGAAACCGCGAUUAACUCGUACUGCUGUACCUUCAUUUUUAACAAAACGGGAGCAAAAUGAUGUAAAGAAAGUUCCUAAAGGUGUUCCCUUACAGUUUGACAUAAACAGUGUUGGAAAACAGACAGGGAUGACGUUGAAUGAGCGGUUUGGGAUCCUGAAGGAACAAAGAGCCACUCUCACAUACAACAAAGGGGGAAACCGCUUUGUAACCGUGGGAUAGAGCCCAUGUCAAAGGAACUUUUGAGUGAUGACUCUGUUUGAAAAGUUGAAUUCCUUGAAGAGUUCAUCACAGAAAUUCAAGAAACUUUACUUUAGAAUACUCACAAGGCUAAAUAACUCUUAUUUUUAUUUUUGAAGUUUUUUUUAAAAAAAAACAUGUAUAAAAUAAUGCCCUGAAAGGAUAAUAGGGAUUGUACCUAUCUGGUGUUAAAGAUUUCAUGGUUGGCUCAGACAGAAGAAUCAUCUGUUUGACUUCUUUGGUUCCUCGUGCAGCAGAAAGAAGACAGGAAGAUAGAAAUGGAUUAUUUUUAUGAUAGUGGUAUUCAGGAUCUCAUCAUCUUUGCCCGUAUUUUAGAAUUUGUCAUCGUAAAUCUUGGUCUUGAGAAACAUGAGUAGGUCCCUUUGUUGCUGUCACUUAUACUUUAAUAGUGUUGAUGUAGUAAGUGCAGUUGCCUUUUCUUUAUUAGAGAUAUAAAAAAAUUUAUUAGAAUUCCAGUUUUGGAUUUUAAGAUUUAUGGGAAUAUCUAGAACUUGGUUCAUUUUUCAGACAGUGUAAUCCCCUGGAAUUAUACAGCUUUAGUGCUGAACUUUUAACAAGAAAUGUGGCUCUAGUUUCUAGUCUCAGUUUAAAAUGAUGGUCUUUAAAGACUGUAACUGCAUAUUUACAAAGUUAUCUGAUAGGGCCUUGGAGGAGAAGGUCCAGUUUAAAAAAAUGACAGUUUGUGAUUCAUAAAGGAGGGCAUGAGAGAGGAAGUAAGUAGCAAGUUGAAGGACAGGUAGUUGAGAUGAAAAGCUUCAAAACCCAGGCUGUAGGUGUGCUGUUUGGGUUAGUGUAGUCUUGAGUCUAGUGCCCGCAAAGAAUUAUUCAAAUGAUAUUUAGAAAAAGUACAGUUAUUACCCUGACCGAGUCUCUUGGAUAUUUUAAUAGUAAAAUAAUAGCCAUAAAGUCCUAGACUUCUUAUUUGAAGUUAAAAUUUCUUAUUUGAAAAGUUGAAAUUUAUGAGCUUUGAAGAUUGCUAAAUUAAUUUAUAGCUCCAAAAACAAAAAUAUACUUGUAUAUGUCACAGAGAGACAAAAUGCAAAAUUUAUAAUAGAGUUACACUAACCUUGUUGUUUACCUUUCACUGAUUUCUUAUAUGGUAUAAAUUAAAGUUCAGGCAUUUAUGGGGAGAAAAGGCCCUCCCCCCACCACCCCGCCACCUGCCACCUCUGAUGGAGUGGGAAAAGUUAGUUUGUUGUGCCAAGAUAGUACUGAGACCUCAGAUGCUGUAUACUAUAAACUAUGGUAUAAUGCCAAAUGCAGCAAAAUAUUCCAGCUAUAAGUUACAAGUUUGGUCAUUUUGAAGCUUGACAUUUUAGUUUGCUAUUAUGUUAAAAACAUCUAAAUAAGUGUUAGUUUCUCAGGAGUAUAUUGUUAGUGUUGACUUUUCCUGUAAGACAAAACAUUAACGUUCUUGGCCUGCCUUGCAUUGUAUACUAGAUGUCGUCAUUGUCUCUCAUGCUUCUUGGGUCACUUAAUGGUUUAUGCCAGCCAUGGAAAGCUAUCAGUAAUAGUUUCAUGCUUAUACCAAAGAAUUAAAUCUGAUCCUUAAUAGCUGAUAUUUUGCUGGUACUUCUACUGAUAAGGGAUUAUUGCAAGUCAGUCACAGAAUUUGAAAAUAAAUUCUAGUCUGUCCUUAGUUAUUUGAUGCUUUUCAUAUAGGCCAAGAACUCAUGCAAAACAUUUUUGCAAGUAUGAAUGCCUGUAUUUGGUCUAGGAACAGUACGUUUUAGUCUGACUUAGAAUUACUGGUAGCUUAUUUUAAAGCAAGGAAAAGCAGCUGAGCACGAGUUUGCUGUCUUUUUAGAAUGGUUUCUGAAAAUAUGGUAUAAAGGCGUUUUCAUUUUCCUGUUCUUAACUAUUAUUGCAUAGAGCUAUUAAUGCCAUUUUUUGGGAAAACUUUAAAAAUUGCCCCAAAUAUUGACAUUGAGUGCAUCAAAUAACAAAUGAUCUUUGGUAUAUUAAACUUUUGUUCUUUUUGCAUCUGUAAUUUAAAGUAGAAUACUUUGCCGUUGGUACAACUAAAUGAAAACUCCUGAGUGCUCACAUGUUGUACAUAAACCAAACAAUGCCCUUGUUGGAGGAACUCCUGAGUGCUCACAUGUUGUACAUAAACCAAACAAUGCCCUUGUUGGAGGAAAAUGUUCUUUAUUGGAAUGUGGUCAUCAUCGUCCUUGUUCAGUUGAAAGUUUUGUUUUUUUAAAAAAACAGGAUGCAACUUAAGAUUUUCUUUGCAUCAAGGUAUAUGCAAAACAUUGAUGCAGUGCAUCACAAUGAAAGUUUGUAUUUAAUGAGGAGGUGCUUUACACUGUACUUUUUGGUGUUUUUUGAAAAAGUUACAUUUAGAUCUAUUCUGAAGCUGUUCAUUUUUAACAAAUAAAAUGUUACAGGUUUCACAUGA